GAGCCGGUCCGCAGCAGAGCCGAAUGACAGAGAAACUUGUUGUACCCGAGAUGUGGCGGGGCUGGAGGUGAGCGAUGCGGGCGCGGUGGGCGGCGUGGGCGCUCGCAUGGUGCGCGUGCGCCGCGGCCGCGCCCGUCGAGUCGCCGCCGCCGGCGCCGCUCUGCGACCCGCUGCUGCUACGACACCCGCCGCCUAGGCCCUCGAACGUGCUGGAGCUAGAGUCAGCCGCUGCGCAUGCUGCGCGGUCGCUGUCCGAGCUGAUCGAGACCGGCGGCGCGAACGAGACGCGCGCGGCGGCGCUGGCACGCUCCGUGCUGGCCGCCCAGCUCGACCCACCGCCCGACGCCGUGGCCCUCGGCGCGCCGCAGCUUCGCCUCGGCGUGCUCUUCGUCGCCGACCCACCAAGACUGAUCAUCUUUCAACAAAACAACUCUGCAGCCCUCCAGCAAUUCUGGAAAACUUUAGCUUCCGCGUGGAACGCGAGCAACGUCGUCUGGUCGAAUGCUUGGUACUCGUGCGAAAGGGAAGACAGGGGCUGGUGGAGCGGCGCAGCGGCGGCGCGGGGAUCGGGCGCUCUCCGCGCCGCGGCCGCGCUGUUCCGACGAAUGCCUGUUAUGCCGUGCGAGGAAGCAAUGUACGAUCACAUGGGUGGGCCGCCGGCCUGUGAUCCGGACACAACGGAUUGUGAAGCCUUUCCGGCCUCGGGAUCUGACUAUCAAAAUAUAGAGUACCGGUGCAAGUGCCGGCGGGGCUACUGGCACGCGAUCGGCAGCGGGUGGCUGAGCGGGUCCGCCAUCACGGAGCCGCUGCGCUGCGCAGCGUGCGGCAUGGGCAGCAGCGACGAGGCGCAGUGCGACGGGGAGAUGUUCCACGCCACGCUGCUGGCGGUCAACCUGGCCGGCAUGCUCGUGUGCCUCGUCAUUGGCCUUAUUAUAUUCAGAAAGAGGAAGUGCAAAGCCGUCGCAAUGUGCAUGUGGACUGUGCUAGAGGUGGUGUUGCUUGGGGCUCUAUUGAUGUAUGGAUCCGCAGCGACGCAAUACAUCAAGGAGCCGCGGUGGCGCUGCGUGGCGGGCGCGUGGCUGCGCGAGCUGGGCUUCGUAGCGUGCUACGGCUCAGUAGUGCUGCGGCUGUGGGUGCUGCUGGCUGAGUUCCGGACAAGGAAGGCGCACCGGUGGACUCCCAGGGACUCUGAGGUGCUCCGAAUAGUAGGCGCAAUGCUCUGUGGCGCUACGUGUUAUUUAGCAGCCUUUACCGCGACAGCGGCGUGUGAGCGAGAAGGCUGCACCAAUGCGGCUUGGCAUCACGUCACCGCUGGUGCUGAACUACUACUGCUAGCCGCUGGAGCUAGGAUCGCUUAUGCGGCGAGGAACGCAAAUGUGCCCUUCCAGGAACGCGGCUGGUUGGCGACCGCGCUGGCAUGCGAGUUUUUUAGUGGGCUAGCGUGGCGCGGCGCAGCGUUGGCGGGCGCGGCGCCCGAGCAGGAGCCGCUGGCCGCCACGGCGCGCGCGCACGUCUCCUCCGGCGCCGCGCUGGCGUGCGUGCUCGCGCCGCGCCUGUGGCAUGGAUACCGCGCGCGAUCGCUCGCGCAGGAGGUGUCUCGCAGAGGCCCAGCAGAGGGCUUCGGUGUAGAAGGCGAGGAGGAGCCCACUUCAGAGGAAGUGAGGGCCGAGCUGAAGCGGCUCUACGUGCAGCUAGAGAUCCUCAGGAACAAGACGCUCCGGCGGGACAACCCUCACAUUAGCAAACGCAGGGGCGGACGCAAGCCGCCGCACAGGCGGUUUUCCUUACAGGCCUUGCAGGCGCGGCGAGGCGGCAAGGGCAAAGCCGGCGGCAGCGCCAGCGCCGUGGAGGCCAGCGAAGCCGGCGACGCGUCCCGCACGCCCGAGGACUCCGUGUGCUCCAACGAGGGCCCCUCGCACUACACCGACUGCGACCAGACGUGAUCCCGCCGCCGCGACGGGAACUCGUCCAGUCGCUCCACGGCCAACGGCUACGGCGACCUGCUGGAGGUUUGAAGACUCGGGUUGCGCAUCACCGUGUGUUGGUUCCAAAUUCGGACAAUUGCAAAAAUUUGGUGGUUGUAUUUCACUUAUUAACCGUCGAAGUACUUUUCGAAAAUGCG